UGUGUUUCCACGCGGAUAGGAAAACGGAGCUCAGUUUGUGGUCACCCUUUUGUUCAGGUGGUUCUCUAAAUAAACCUUUUAGUUUCACUUUCAUUUGAACAACCUCGCCGAAAUAAAAAAUCUUUUAAACUAGAGAUGGAACGUAAAACUAGCAUGCGACCCGUUAUUAAUUCCUCCCCAACAUCAACACCAGAAGAAUUGGAAAGGCGGGCGAUAAUUCAAAGAAACGAUCUAAUUUUACACGAAGCAGUCAUCAAAAAUGACGUGGACACCGUCAGGAAGAUUCUAAGAGAACCAGUCGAUAUAAACUGCAGAAACAACUAUGGUAGAUCUCCAAUGCAUUGGGCAUCAUCGCGUGGAAAUUUAGAAAUCAUGGAAAUGCUUUUAUCGUCUAAUUGCGACUUAGAAGCAAAAGAUAAGUACGGAAUGAGACCGAUAUUGAUGGCAGCUUGGCACGGUCAUCGCGAAGCCGUCCAACUUCUUAUCAACAUGGGAGCCGGUACAAAAUCAACGAAUAAGAAACAAUAUUCUUUGUUGAUAUGCGCCGCUAAAAACGAUCGGAAAGAUGUGGUUGAUUUUUUAUUGGAAACUCUCGAAGAUAUCAAUGUUGAUGCUGUGGAUAUCGAAGGGCAAACGGCUUUAUUCCACGCUGCCAUGGGAGGUCAUGCAAAAAUCGUUAAAAAAUUAAUCGAAAUCGGAGCUGCUUUGGAUAAACGAAAUAAGCAAUCGCAAACUGCACUGCAUGUGGCAUGCGAAAAGGGCCAUCCAGAGGUAGCCGAGUGUUUAUUGGCUCAUGAAUCCGAUAUGGAAGCAAGGGAUAAUGGAGGAAAUACUCCGUUACAUUUAGCGGCGCAAAACCAACAAACGAAAUUAACCCAAAUUUUAUUAGAUGCCGGCGCCGACCCGGACGCUGAAAAUUCCAAAGGAUCUACGGCCCUUCAUAUAGCGUGUAGCCUCGGGAGUAAAGGUAUUUUGGAACUGUUGUUACAACACGGUGCCCUCCUAAAUAAACAAAACAAAGCCGGUAAUACACCGUUACAUUUAGCGAGUCAAGCGAAUGAAGUGGACACCGUUGAAAUUCUAAUUAAUAGGGGGGCUGAUUUAAACAGCUUAAACGCAAGAUUACAAUCUCCAAUUCAUAUAGCAGCUGAGAUGGGUUACACAAACAUUUGUAAAUUGUUAUUAGUGGCGGGGGCUAACAUAGAACAACGAGAGCAAGGUGGAAGAACCCCUUUAUACAUCGCAGCUAGGGGUAGUUUCACAGCGAUAGUUGAUAUGAUAAUUAAAACGGCGAGAUUAGAUUAUCCCGCGAAUGAAGAACAAGAAAGUAACGCGCAACGAAAAAACAGCUUCAAACCGGGAUUAAACCCGGGAAGUCGGAAAUGGAGGAACACAAAAGAAGAAUUAAAAGGAAAAGAUAGCGAGAGAUUCAAAGAGAUUCUUUAUAAAUUAUCUUACAAACAACUAGGCCCGGGGGAGUGGAAAAAGUUGGCUCAACAUUGGGCGUUCACCGAAGAACAAAUUAGAGCCGUUGAACAUCAAUACACGGGCCCUUCGAGUUUUAAAGAACACGGAUUUCGGGUUAUGUUAAUUUGGGCGCAUGGUUUACCAGGGGAUGUUAAUCCAAUGAAAGAACUUUAUGAAAGUUUAACAGCGAUUGGUAAAAGAAGCGUUGCCGAUAAUCUACGAAGAAAAGUCGAUCAAGAAAACGAAGAACUUCGCAAAGGGCGGAAAAAAACUUGCUCGCAAUGUAAUUUAACGUGAUUACAUUUAACACAAAUUUUGAUUCUUAUGACCUACAUAUCUAGGAAAAACCUGACCAAAUAAGGUACCUCUUAAUAUAGAAGAAAACUCCGAUUUAUUAUUAUUCAUUCCAAGAACGGUUUUUAAUCUAUUAAAUGGAAACAAAUUACUCAAAAACAUUUUAACGAUUUUAGCUUUUAUUCUAAUAAAUCGAAUUAAAUCGAA